AUGACGUCGCACAGCAAUGCGGAACAGGAGGAGCCUACAACGAGGUUUCCGACAAUGGACAGCGAAUCUGACGUGAAAGAGGAUGAGGACAGCGAUGUAGAUGAGGAGGAGGAGAUGAGGAAGUGGCUUUCAACAGCGUAUGAGCGCGGCUCGAAGAAGCCCAUGAAGAAGCCUCUCACAGCACCUUGGGGUCUGCCCAUCAGCGAUGCAGACGUGGAAAAGCUCAAAGCCGGGGUCAAAUCUCGAAGCAUGGACGACAAAUGGGACAUACUAGUCGAGGAUCCGGACGAAAAUGGCAACAUAUCUAUUCACAUCAUUCGAAGCUGGUUGCAGGAGGAGUGCUACAUACUUCACAUUGUUCCAAAACCAAGCAACGAUGAUGACGGGAGUGCAAAGAUCCAAAGCAUCACCUGGGAAGGGAACAAGGCGGGGUUGCAAUGUGACGCAGAGCAGGCCCAAAAGGAAGCCGUGAUUCUGUCCAGAGGCCACCUCCACUGCGAGUUUGAGACGCUCCCCCAGUACCCGUCUUCAACGUUUUGGAAUCCUAGUGCUUAUAAGAAGCUGGAUGCAAAAUAG